AGACUUCAGUACUUAGUCAAGCCCAGCAACUUGCUGAGCAAGCGACGAAGUUGUGAUCAAGAACUUCACCAGGGCCUCUGUUUUCGACGACUGGCAAGCAACUAUUUACAGGUCGUGAGGAGCGGCGCGCUUGUGUGGCGUACGCGAGAGUCCUCUACCUCUGCACAUUUGCCAGCCUGCCUCCCUGUUCUAUCUGUUACUCGGUUCCCUAAGUUGAGUGCAGCGCAAUGGCUUCUUCUGUGGCUGUGAGGGCAUCAACGCUUGCAUCAAGCUGCGUUGCAAGCAGCAAUGCAUCCUCCACCAGGACACGCCAGGCUGCCCCCUGCGCUGCGGCCCUCCCCUCCAGCAGCUCUCUGAUCUCCCGGCGGCAAGCUCUGGUUGCCAGCACCAGCUCCGCACCCAGGGCCAACUCGCGCACUGUGGUGCCCCGUGCUUCUGCCAAGGUGGACUCCAUUGUGGAGGAGCUCAAAGCGUUGACCCUGCUGGAGGCAUCGCAGCUUGUCAAGGCCAUCGAGGAGACCUUCGGAGUUGAUGCCUCCGCUGCCAUGGCAGUCGGAGCAGGCCCCGCCAUUGGAGGGGGUGGCGCCGCUGCCCCCGCGGAGGUGGAGGAGCAGACCGAGUUCAGCGUCAUCAUUGAUGACGUCCCUAGUGAUAAGAGAAUUUCCAUCAUUAAGGUGUUGAGGGCGCUUGACAGCAGCUUGGGCCUGAAGGAGGCAAAGGGUUUGAUCGAGGCUUUGCCAAAGGCCAUCAAGGAGGGUGUGUCAAAGGAGGAGGCUGAGGAUGCUAAGAGCCAGUUGGAGAAGGGCGGAGCUAAGGUUUCAUUGAAGUAAUAGGCAACCAUAGCGCUACUGAACGUUCGCGGAAGGGGGAGAAUAGGUAAGAAGGAGGUCCACAAUAUAUGCAGGUACAAAGGCAGGUGGAUCAAGUGAUCAGCUAUCAAUGGAGACCAUAACUCAAGGAGUUGUGGCCGGUACGUACGUGUGUUGGCUAAAACUCUUAGGGAUGGCCACCUGUCCAAACUCUUCGUCACAUGUACAAUCGGUGCCCUGUUUCGUGUUGGCAACUUGACUGGCUCAUGCCAUGGGCCCCGCUUUUGUAAACAGCCAGGGUAACUGCCCAAAAUCAGCCCCCCUUGUCAAACACGCUGAUGUUAACAUGCUCUUGAUACAGCGACAGCCACUUCGACUUCAACAAACUAGUAGU